GCGCGAUCGGCCACGAUCGAUCCCGCGCCCGCAUCUUCGUCGCAUCGCGUCGUUUGUUCACGAGCGCGACGUGCCGACGGUUUCGACGUCGCGACGAUACGUCCCGGCGCGGUCUUCGGAGUUGAUCCCGCGGGAAAGAGUCGGGUCCUCUCGAACUAAAAAAAAACCGCGGCAUCCCGGCGAACGCGGCGGCCAUGUCGCGCGCGGGACUCAUCUUCAUGGGCACCGGUUUGACGCUUUGGGAGCUUCGCAACCAUUGCGUCGCCGAUAACGAGGCUCUCGACCUCGAGAUGGAGGAGCCUCCCAAGCCUCCCAAAAGGUGCUGCUCCAACUCUUGUCUCUUCACACUGGCGAAGGAGGUUCCCGGGGACAUUCUCGACCAGAACGAUCUUCCCGAGGCGCGUGACGAGGAGGAGGAGGACGAAAUCAACUGCCGAUUCUGCGAGCCCACGAACUCCUGCAGGUUCUGCUUCGCGGGCCCCGAGCGCGGCGAGCUCAUCGCCCCGUGCGAUUGCACCGGCUCCCAGGAGUUCGUGCACACCAAGUGCCUCCGCCAGUGGCAAAAGGUUUCCAUGCGAACCAAGGGCAACCGCGAGACCAACUGCAGGGUCUGCGCCGCCAGGUACCGCGUCCCCGCCCGUCCCCUUCGCUCGAGGAUCAAGCUCUGGUUCUCUUUCAAGGCGCGGGACAGGCUCAACGCGUACAGCCGCGUGUGGUUUCAAAACCUCGUUCACUUUCUCGUGGCGCACAACCCGAAGCGGCUCGCGCGGGUCGCGAUGGAGGCGGCCAAGAACGGCGUCGAGGCGAAGGACGUCUGUUUACCCAACAACCCGUUCGUGCGAUCGUCAUCGGCCACGGACCUGGCGCUGAUGCUCGCGUCCACGGAGGUUAGGAUAUGGGCGGGUCGCGAGGUGCGCAACGGCAAGCCGGAGAUCGCCGCCAUCAGGGCGGUGGCGUGGUUCGGGAGCAUGAUCAACAUCGCCACCAAGCUCAGGGAGAUGGGCGUCAUCAAGGGAUGAACGAGAGUGGCGAAGAUUGAGUGUUGACUCGAGGGGAUGAACGAGCGCGCCGUGUGAGCGCGGCUCGAGGAAGUCGCAGAUCCAAGGAGACGCGACGGCUGUACCAACAGAUACCAGUAGCACACCAUCAAGACGGAUGAGGCCUGGCGGCGGUGGAUAUGGAUCGCGGUUUUUCGCCCGGUCGCCGCGCCAGGACCACGAAGUAGAGCUGAAUACGACGAGAGAUACCAUAUGUCCGUGAAUAAUACGUAUUUUGAUUUACAUGGCUG